UCUACGUAGACAUGGAUAAGAGUGGAUCUGCAUGUAGAAUUAUUACAACACAAGGAACAAAAGGACGCCAGGACGAAUGUCCGCACAAUAGCCAAAAUCGAAAAGAAAGUCAUCUGUUAAAAAACUAUCCACAAACAGGAAUGGCAUCAAACCGACAAUCAUAUGAACAUUUCAAACAUGGUUCUCAUCUUGAAGACGGUAGACAUAACUCUAUCACAACAUCCGCACAUUCUUUGGACCAGGAAGAUCCACUCCCGCGUAACAGUCGGGAUGCAGCAGUAGUGCAGUUUUUCCGAGAAACUCUUAAACUUCAAAGGAAAUGGAUUAUUGGAACCAUGGAAACUUCAGUAAAAACUGCCACGGAAGAUUUCGAGAGAAUGUUAAAAGUGGUGAACAGAAAUGAUAAUGCUAUUAAUCACAUGCGGUCGUCUUACACCCACUUGGAAAAAUCGUUAAGCCAAGCAGUCCAAUGUAUGUCAGCAAAGUUAAGUGAUUGCAACGGACGAUACAUCCAAGCAACAAAUGAAGCCAAGCAGACUAAACAAAGAGUAGAACAGCUGAUGAUACUAAACAGCGAAAAGGCCAUGAUCACAGACGACAGAUUAACGAGAUACAAUACAGAGAAUAUAUUGGAGCUAUGUAAGCUGAACGAUGAGAUCGAGUCAUUGAUUAAUUGUAUCAAGAAGGAAUUAUACGCAUCGGAUGAGAAGAGGAGAAUUUACAUGGACAGCAUAAGAGGUAGAGUUCAUACCUCUAACAUGUUCACCAGAAAUGCCUUACAAGUGUGGAAAAAAGCCGCAUUGAAGUCCUUAGCGAGAACAAACAACAGCAUCACUACUAAACUGAAGGAAGAAAGAAUCACAUGGAAAAAUGAUAUGGACUUGAUUAAAGACAAGAACACAAAGGAAAUGGACCAACUGGACCGAACGAUAAGUCUCUUAGAGGCGGAAGCUAAAAACCUCAUUCAAACUGUUGUUAAGAAACUGGAAAGCCUGGAGAAGAAUGUUCAUAUAGAUGGGUCCAGUAAUGAAGAUUUCAGAAAGAUGGUGAGAAGUCACAUAUCUUCAAACAAAGGCUCAUCAGAGAAAUUUGAAGAAGAAAUAACAGAGGUUAAGGAGGGCCUUGUGAAAAAUAUCAAAGAAACCGAAACGAGAUUACAGACAUUCAAAUCUGACAUGGAAACUAAUAUGGACUCUAAGAUUGAAGACAUAAAAAUAGAUAGUGAUAUUCUCGACAAACAAAUCAAAUAUCUGUCUAGAUUAGUCAGAAUUCUACUCAACCACGUCUCAAAAAGCGCAAAAUAAUAAAACAUUUUUUCAAUUUUAUAAGAGUUGAAAAACUCUGUACUUUGUGCUUUUUUUAUUGCGUUAGGCUCGAUGAAAGUAGAUAUCUUUGUACUUAUUAAUGGCAUAGCCCAACCACUGCUUUCUUCCAAAAGAAUCAGACAUUCUGAAUUCAACAUCGUUAAUGAUACCGACGUUGAAAUAUUUUUUUUUAUUCUGAGAAAGGAGUUUAUAAAGAUAGUUUUGAAAUAGCUUUCCACAAAUUCAGCCUAUGUAUGAAAAUAUGCUGUUAGGAAGACUAGUUGUAACAAUUUAUCUAGUCUAGUAAUACAAAAUUUGAUGAAAAUUGUAGUGUUAUUAUUGUUUAAA